GCCCCGGCGGGCACGCCCCCUCGCCCGCGGCCCCCUCCCCGCCUCUCUCGCCGCUGCUCUCGCGCCGGGUCAGAGGGCCGGAGCGAGGGAAGAUGGCGAAGACGUACGACUAUCUCUUCAAGCUGCUGCUGAUCGGCGACUCGGGGGUGGGCAAGACCUGCCUUCUGUUCCGCUUCUCCGAGGACGCCUUCAACACCACUUUCAUCUCCACGAUCGGAAUUGAUUUUAAAAUCAGAACGAUAGAACUGGAUGGGAAGAAAAUAAAGCUUCAGAUAUGGGACACAGCGGGUCAGGAAAGAUUUCGAACCAUCACAACGGCAUACUAUAGAGGAGCCAUGGGAAUUAUGCUGGUCUAUGACAUCACAAACGAAAAAUCAUUUGACAAUAUUAAAAACUGGAUCAGAAACAUUGAAGAGCAUGCCUCAUCAGAUGUCGAAAGAAUGAUCCUGGGUAACAAAUGCGAUAUGAAUGACAAAAGACAAGUGUCCAAAGAAAGAGGGGAGAAGUUAGCAAUUGACUAUGGGAUUAAAUUCUUGGAGACGAGUGCAAAAUCGAGUACAAAUGUAGAAGAGGCAUUUUUUACACUUGCACGAGAUAUAAUGACAAAACUCAACAGAAAAAUGAAUGACAGCAGUUCAUCAGGGGCAGGCGGGCCAGUGAAAAUAACAGAAAACCGGUCAAAGAAGACCAGUUUCUUCCGCUGUUCCCUACUUUGAUAAACUCUUUCUGAGAGACUGCAGCACACCUUGAGGACCCUUUCCUGCUUCUCUGAAAGCACAGGUCUCUCAGCCUCAGAAUCACACCGCCCGGCUGCUGUGGAGAGCACCACGGAACCUCCAUCUCUGGACACAGACGCCAAGCGGAUUCCAGCCCCAAGAUAACAGGCUUCUUUCUUACCAACAGGAAAACACUGAAGUGGAGACACACGCAGAACUUCCCUGGAUUUUUCUUUGUUUUUGUCCCUGUUGCAGAAGUUGCUACCUUUCUUUUUCACUUUGUGCAUCAGCCUCUCCUUAUGACUGCAGAGUCUUCAGCUCAUCUUGGCAUACUUUUUGUCUCCUGAAGUUCUAGAAGAAUUUAUGCAUUUGGGGAUGUUGUUCUAAAAAAGAGUGGAACAUUAAAAGUGAACAUGCUAAAAGACAUUUGGUCUGAUUUAUAUGGCCAAAUGUAUUGCAUUGAUAGCAUUUAUUUAAAGGUUCUGAGCUAUGGUUUUUCUAAAAUAAGAAUCAUUAAAUCCUGAUAAUUUCCUUUUAAAAAUUUAUAAAAUUGCCCAUCAGAAGUCACAAAUUCUUAAGGCCUUUGCUUCAUUCUUGACUUGAUUUUUUUGCCAACAUCUUGGUAGCUGAAUAAAUUACUUUUUCAACUGA